GUUUCCUACAGCCAGGACAAGCCUGGAUCACAACAGAACCGUAGCACAGAUUUUUCAUGUAUGGCUGCUGUUUUUAGAAAAUCGAUAUUCCGUUUUUACAGUAUUUAGAAAUUGUAGAGCUACAUAUGGAGACAAAAAAUAUCCAAACCUAUUUUGUUAGAAAUAUCGAAGAUGGUCAAACCGUAUCUUUAUCGGGAGAAGGAGAGUUUUGCAUCGGCCUGACUCAGAGUGAAUGUAUAGCAUGCUUAAGCAAAUCACAACCAGCUACAGCCUCUCACCAUGAAGAAGACAUUGUGGUUCCAUUAAUGAUUAUAACGGUUUGGAAAACUUCAGGGGUUACUGUUUCACCAGCCAGUCGAGAUCUUAAAUGUCACUUAAAUGGAGCUGACAUUGGAUCUGAAGCUAAUAUAAUUCCAGGUAAUCAAAUUGAAGUGGGUGACAAAAUUCUCGAGCUACUCGAUGGUGUAGCAGCUAAACCACAACGCAGGCACCUGCCUCUCACUCCAGGCGUUCCUGUUCAUCCCACCCCACCACCCAAGCCACAGCGCUCUGUCAAUGGUUCCAAAUGUUUUUCUCCAGAUAGUGAAACUCAAGUAAAAGACAUUGGCCGAGAUGCUCUCAGAGAAUGGUGCCUUGGCCAACUACCAGCUACAGAAAAUGAGUUGUUAGAGAAGGCAAAAAGCCCUGAACAAUUAGCCAAUCUGGCAGCUAGUUAUCUUACAAGACACAUCAACUUACAUACAGAUGUAGUUGUAUCCACUGAACUCACUGAUCGCAUUUUCAAAAUGAUGCAGGAGGUUGCCCAUCACAGAAAAGAUAUUUUACGUCGAUUUCUUCAAGAAGUAAUUAAUGAAGUUGUGAGUGAAGAGAAGGACAACAGAGAGAAAACAGACAACAUACAGCACAGUACAGUGACAACUGUACUUGUGGAAAUAUUGCGUCAGUUUCUGGACCCAGGCUAUUUGGUACUGAUAUGUUUACAACUUCUGCGGGCUCUAAGCCACAUCCCAGGUAAUGUGAAGACUAUGGUGACCAGCCACACCACUGCUGCAGUCCUAGGCAGCAUGGCAGUGUACAAGGAGGAUGCUGUGGUACAGAAUAAUUGUUUAGAUAUCCUGGCUAAAAUGGCAACUUAUGUGCCAGCUGUCCUAGAAAAGCCACCAAUGAAAGAAUCAACAAUAGAUCUAGUUGUCAUGGCAAUGACUAUGCACUCCAAAAAUUUGACUGUAGUACAAGCAGGAAUAAGAACGUUGGCUAACUUAGCUUCAUCUCUUCAUUCAUUGUCAUUUGCAUCUAUGAAAAGAUCCCCUUAUCAGGAAUUACGGAAUUAUGUGACAACUGUGAUCUCAGUGUUAGAAUACCUUUACAGCAACACACUGGCUCAUGUAAGAAAUGCAUUGGGCGUCUUCUGUGCUGAUCUGACUGUUAAAACUGAUGGCAGAAGAUUUCUCUUUGAGUAUGCUAAAAUGGAGCAAUUAAAGAGCCAAAAAAAACUGUGGGAGCUUAUGCCAGAUGUGCCAAUAAGAAACAAAGACACAAGAAGCAAGUCAGAAAUCUCAGAAGAUAAUGUUGAUUCUGGGAAUGAAAAUGACAACGAAGCUGAAGAUAUGAAGAAUGAAUGUGAUGGAAAUAAUUCAACCUCUGGAAUUUUAAAAAGAUCAAGAUCAUUUGAAAACUUGAGGAAUCCAGACAGAAGAGUUUCUUUUGUGGAAGAAAGUGAUUUGGCCUCAUUUUCUGAUGGUUCCUCAUCAAGUGAAUCGUCCCAUGGCUCCCCCUCCACUGUGAUGAAGGAUGGAAGUGACAGCCCAGACAUUCAAGUCCUUUCACGCUCCAUCAUCUACCCCACCAGGGCCACUAGUGACAGUGUGGAGAGUGAGGUUGCUGUAUAUGAUAGCCAGAGUGACCUGGAGCAGACGUUAACUCCCGCUAAACCAACCCGUCGACCAAUCUUAGUUCCCCUUGUGCACAUUAAUAGUCAGUCUGACAGUGAUGCUGAUGUUUUUGUGGAUUCCCCUUCAGUUACAUCCUGUAAGGACAAGGACUCUCCUACUGUGAUUACACCCUCACUCAGGUACUCUCAAACUCCUGUGGAUCUGACAGACUUUCGUUUUACUGCUGCAGAUGUUAUCUUUAUGAAACGACUAAUGAGUGUGCAGGUGACAUGCCAUGUUUGCUCUGCUUCAGUUCAAGGCCAAAAUCCCAAAGUCCUCAAACUAUUAGACAUGCCUCUGAUGGAACUUUUAAGUCAACCAGGCAUCCCUAAUGCUGUCUGGCAAUUUGCUAGCUGUCAGUUUGAUGAAGGAGCAACCCUCAUGGACAUUGAUCCUGCAGCUGUGAUUGCCAUUAUAGAUGCUGUCAGAUACAAGUAUGUUGACAUUAUAGAUGCUGUCAGAUACAAGUAUGUUGACAUUAUAGAUGCUGUCAGAUACAAGUAUGUUGACAUUAUAGAUGCUGUCAGAUACAAAAUGCUUGCUUUUGAUCUGGUCAAGAAAAGUCUGCAGCUACUUGUACAGAGUCUGACACUAAAGCUCCACACUAAGAUGUUUGCUAUAACGGAGGAGGUAUUUGCCAGUGUCCUAAGGGACACAACUCUCUCAUCUAUUUUGUCAGAUGAAGAUUUUGUCAGCUCUAUUGAGGUGGAUCUACACAAAUUCAAAGAAAGUGUCUGCCACCCGUCUUCUGUUACACCACACGUUGAAAAUUUAAAUCUCCUAGUGAGAAGAACUCAGCUUGAUGACUAGUAGAUUACAAAUUUUAAAUGGCAAAAAAUGGUGUGUGUCUAGUAAAGGCAAGCAUGACAGUAGUAGCUUGAUAGUAUACCUCACUUUGUAUAGAACAGUUUCAUUCUAUUUGCUUAGUCCUCAAGUUACUGGUUUAAAUUUCCUAAAGUCAUUGGGAUAAAAUGUAUUUUUAUUGAUGUAUUUGUUUUACAGUUCAUGCAAUUAAGUCUGAAACAGUUGAUUUUAAGUGAUUAUGGUGUCAAUGUCAUGAAUUAUAGUUUGUUGAGUUAUGUACUUAGAAUGAUCAUUGAAAAUUGUUUCUGAACUAAACAUUUUGAAACAAUUUCUAAAUAUGAUUGCUAUUGUCAUGUUAAAAUAUAAAAGAAUCUCAAAAUAUUUUUAGACAAAUCUAAUUCCAGCUAUAGUUGAUUUUAAAAUGAGAUUUAUAAAUAGUGCACCACUAACUUAUGAGCAGGUUAAAACUUAGCAAUAAAAAAAACCUCAUCAAGCUGACUGUAUCAUGCCAGUUAAAUUAUUUUUAUUUUUGUAUUCAUACAAUUUUUAAAAAAAUCUUUU